UGAUAGCUGGUGUUUUGAAGAUGGCGGGUGAGUUGCCGCAGAUAAAGAGCGAAAUUACAAGCACAUCUGCUCUUGUCGCUCCUGCGUCGACAACGGGUACGUCAACUUUGUGGGACGUGAGAUGGUCAAGAACAGACGCUGGAUUGAAAGCUGAAGAGAGAAUCAAGGAGAGUCUAUACGACUUAGACGAAUGGGCUACACUGAUAAAUGAAGCAAAGCAAGAUAAUAUUGACCGGUCUCGAGUUUUGUACGAGCGUCUGGUGCAGCGUUUUCCGACCAGUGGAAGAUACUGGAGGAUCUACAUUGAACACGAGAUGCGAUCUAGAAACUAUGACAGAGUUGAACAGUUGUUUCAGAGAUCUUUGCUCAAAGUACUUAGCUUAGAUUUGUGCAAAACAUAUCUUGACUAUGUCAGGGAAACAAAGGGUACACUUCCAACAUUCAGGGAUAAAAUGACACAAGCAUAUGAGUUUGCACUAGAAAAAGUUGGACUAGACUUUACAUCUAUUGCAAUUUGGAUGGACUAUAUCAUGUUUCUUCGUUCAGGAGAGGUGUCAGGAUCAUAUGCAGAGAAUCAGAAAAUAACAGCUGUGAGGAAGGUAUACCAGAGGGCUGUGGCUACUCCAAUGAUAAACACAGAAACAGUAUGGAAAUCUUACAGCCAGUUUGAACAGAGUACCAAUCAGAUUGUUGCCAAAAAGCUAUUGGAUGAGAAGAGUCGGGACUAUGUUAUAUCGAGACGUGUUGCCAAAGAGUAUGAAGCUGUCACACGAGGUCUUAUGAAGGGUAGUGCGGCUGUGCCUCCUACUGGAAGUUCGGAGGAACUGCAGCAGUUGGCAAUGUGGAAGAAAUACAUUCAGUGGGAGAAGGAUAAUCCAAUGCAUACUGAUGAUGCUUCGUUGCUGGCCAAGCGAGUUAUGUUUGCAUAUGAGCAAUGUCUGUUGACUUUCUGUUACCAUCCUUCAGUGUGGUGUGAGGCUACAGCAUAUCUCGAAUCAGUCAGCAAACUGAUGGCGGACAAAGGGGAUCUACCCGCCUCAAAGGUAUGGAGUGAUGAUACAUCCAACUUGUAUGAAAGGGCCAUUACAGCUCUCCCUGCGUGCUCUCUAUUAUACUGCACUUAUGCUGAUUUUGAGGAGAUGCGGAUGAAACAUGAUAAAGUACAUGGCAUUUACACUCGAUUUUUAGAAGUAAAGGAGGCGGAUCCCACUUUAGCAUAUAUUCAGUACAUGCGCUUUGCAAGAAGGGCAGAAGGUAUCAAAGCUGCGAGAACAGUAUUUAAGAAAGCUAGAGAUGAUACCAGAACAAAGGGCCAUGUGUAUGUAGCUGCAGCACUGAUGGAAUAUUACUGUACCAAGGACAAGAAUAUUUCUCUCAAGAUAUUUGAAUUGGGAUUGAAGAAAUAUGCCAGUGAUUCAGACUACUGUGUUGCAUAUGUUGAGUUUUUGACUCACCUCAAUGAGGAUAACAAUACAAGAGUUUUAUUUGAACGCAUUCUGAGCAGCUUACCUCCUGAAAAAUCUGGAGUACUUUUGAAAAAGUUUUUGGAGUUUGAGACAAAUGUUGGUGACCUUGCAAGUGUUCUUAAGGUGGAGAAACGAAGAAGCUCUUUCUCGGCUAAGGAAGAGUUGAGAGAUCAAGAAGCCAUCAAUCUGGUUGAUCGUUAUAAGUACAUGGGACUGUGGCCUUGCAAAGACAUUGAGUUGAGAUCAAUGUCACACCCUGAGUUCGUGCGUGGGUUGACAAUUAGUGGACCUACUACCUUACUGACCCCAUGGCGGGUGAACUCUGUAGGAACAGAAGAAAUGUCAAGCAUUUCACUUUUGUUUCCACGUCCUGACCUCUCGCAGAUGAGGCCUUUCAAACCCACGCCGUUUGCUAGUCACAUGAGCCAUCUGGCAGGAGGAGUAUUUCCUCCUCCCCCAGCAGUAGCAGAACUGAUCUCAAAACUACCACCACCUUCUUCAUAUGAGGGCCCAUUUGUAAACGUUGAUGACCUGAUGCGCAUUUUUAUGGAGUGCAGACUUCGUGAACCUUUAUCAGGACUCAAAGAUGGAAUGUUGGAAAAGACGAAACAACAGAAUGGAACACAUGAAAAGGAUGAAACCAGAAAAGGUCGAAAACGAGGGGCAGAACGAGAUGAAAGUGAUGAGGAAGGUGGCAUCGCACCACCUGCUAAAGACAUUUACCGUGCUAGGCAACAGAGAAAAGCUACUGCAUGA